AUGCUCUUGAGAAGUGCUAUAUCGAAUCUUCGUAGGAACCUAGCGACUACUGCAUCCCCUUAUAGUGAGAAUCUUCAGGAUGUAGUUAUCAUUGGAGGUGGGCCUGCUGGAUUAUCAUUGCUAACAACUUUGAAAAAUUCUAAAAAAACAAGACAUUUGAAAUGCACAUUGAUUGAAGGGGGAGACCUUAGCGGAAUAAGGGAGUUUGGUGAUAAUCCUCCAGAGAAUUACACCAACAGGGUAGUAUCUUUGACACCACGAUCAAUUUUAUUCAUGCAAGAAAAAAUUGGUAAUUGGAACUAUAUGCUCCAAGAUAGAAUUAAGUUCUACAAUAAUAUGAUUGUAUACGAUGACCCAGAAAACUCAGAAUCCCGUAUUUCUUUUGAUUCUAGUGGCAGCAAGCAUGGUGUGAUUGCAGCAAUGUGUGAAAAUUUGAAUAUUCAGAGUUCUUUGUUGAAGAAAUUAGAUGAAUUAAAUGAGUCACUAGACGAAAAAGCAACGAUAUUAGAGAAGACAAAAGUCAUUAAUAUCUUCAAUUCUUCGGAGGAUAACCUUGAUGCCCAUGAUUUGAACGAAUUAAAAACCAUUGAAGGGGAAGGGAGUUUGGAUUGGCCGACAAUUGAGCUAUCAAAUGGAGAAAUCAUCAGAGCCAGAUUGCUAGUAGGAGCUGAUGGUUAUAAUUCACCAGUCCGCAAAUAUUCAGGAAUUGAGUCGAGAGGAUGGGGCUAUAAUGCAUUCGGUGUUGUUGCUACUAUAAAACUACAAUGCGAAGACUAUAGGUCCAUAGCUUGGCAACGAUUUUUGACGACAGGACCGCUUGCCAUAUUGCCAUUGACAGAGGACAAUGCUACCAUAGUAUGGUCAUCAACACCGGAAUUAUCUGAAAUCUUAUUGAAAGUAGAUCCUGAGAUAUUUCCCCUGUUGAUAAAUGCAGCUAUGACACUCGAAGAAGUUGAUCUCAAUUAUAUCUACGGAAUGCUUAAAAAGGAUCCUAAUGAUAGAGCUGUGUUAGACGAAAUUGAAUGGAGAAGAUCAAGAAUAAGUUUUUCUGAUCUUGAAGAAAAGUACCCUCUACCAGUCGUAAGUGUUAUAUCAAGCAGCAGAGCUAGGUUCCCCUUAAAAAUGUCUCAUUCAGACACGUAUGUUUCUCCAAGAGUAGCUCUCAUUGGUGAUGCUGCCCACACAAUCCACCCAUUGGCAGGUCAGGGACUAAAUAUGGGACAAUCAGAUGUAGCAAGCUUAGUGGAUGCAUUGGAAACAGGAGUAGAUAGGGGAUUGGACAUUGGUUCCACUUUGGUAUUAGAAAAGUAUGUUUCAAAUUCAUGGCCAUCAAACCAUAGCUUAUUAGGAAUUUGUGAUAAACUUCAUAAAAUAUUUUCUACUGAUUGGCCUCCUAUUGUAUUUUUGAGAGGUUUCGGUAUGAAAACCUUGAAUUUCGCUGGUCCUGUCAAAAAAUUAUUAGUUAAGUCUGUUAGUGACAUGUAA